AAACUUCCGGUUUGUUCAGCUUUAAACCCUUUUCCUCUAGACCGAGUGAAUAUGGGGCGUGUAAGGACAAAGACGGUGAAAAAAGCCGCUCGGGUCAUCAUAGAGAAGUAUUACACCCGUCUUGGCAAUGACUUUCACAUCAACAAGCGGGUGUGCGAGGAGAUUGCCAUCAUCCCCAGCAAACCUCUGCGUAACAAGAUUGCAGGCUAUGUGACCCAUCUGAUGAAGCGCAUUCAGAGAGGUCCUGUGAGAGGCAUCUCCAUCAAACUGCAGGAGGACGAGAGAGAGAGGAGAGAUAACUACGUCCCUGAGGUGUCUGCUUUGGAUCAGGAGAUUAUUGAGAUCGACUCGGACACGAAGGAAAUGUUGAAGAUUCUCGACUUUGGCAGCCUCUCCAGACUGCAGGUCACCCAGCCAGUUGUUGGAAUGAACUUCAGAACUCCAAGAGUUUAGAUGUAAUUUAUUAAGAGACAAUAAAGAUUGCAAAAAUAAAA